AUGGUGACUACGAACCCUUUCGAUCUCUUGGACGAUGACUCAGAGGAUAUCAACCAGAUCGUGGCGGCUAAGCCGUUGAAGGUUGAGAAAGCGACUCCGGUUCAGCCUGCUCAAGCUGUAGUAAAGGAGGCCAAGAAUGGUCAUGGUGGAGGUCGCGGCGUUGGUGGAAAGCGCGACGGUGGCGAUGGAAGGCGUGACGGUGGUGGUUACAACCGUGCGAGAGUUGGUGGAUACAACAGGGAUUCGAGAAACAAUGAUGCUCCUGCUAGUGGACACAGCGUUUACAGACGCUCGGAAGAAGGAGAUGGAGCGAGACGUGGUGGGUAUGUUGGUGGAUACCGCCGUGGAGGUGAUUCAGGUGACUCUCGUAGGAACUUUGACCGUCACAGUGGAACAGGUCGCGGAAAUGAGUUAAAACGUGAUGGAGGUGGACGUGGCAACUGGGGAACAAGUGAGGAUGACAUUCCUCCGGUGAAUGGAGAAGCCACAGCUGUUGUGGAGAAGGAUUUGCUUUUAGGUGGUGAGGGUGAAGCAACUGAUGCGGAUUUGCCUGUGGGUGGUGCAACUGAUGUUGCAAACAAGGAGAGACCUGUUGAGGAGCCUGAGAUUAAGGUGAUGUCUCUGGAUGAGUAUGAGAAGAUUUUGGAGGAGAAGAAGAAAGCUCUGCAGGCGACCAAGGUUGAGGAGAGGAAGGUUGACACUAAGGUGUUCGACUCCAUGCAACAGCUCUCGAGCAAAAAGAGCAACAACGAUGAUGUCUUCAUCAAACUGGGAACGGACAAGGACAAGCGCACAGUUGAGAAAGAAGAGAAGACCAAGAAGUCGGUGAGCAUAAAUGAGUUUCUGAAACCUGCGAAUGGCGAGAGGUACAGAGGUGGUUACCGUGGUGGUAGGGGAGGACGUGGGCCAAGAGAAGGAGGAGAUCAGAGGAACGGAGGAGCAAACCAGAGGAGCGGAGAAGCUGCCGCACCAAAAGCUGCUGCACCAAAAGUUGCCGCACCAAAGAUUCCUGCACCAAAGAUCGAGGACACCGCACAGUUCCCUACUUUGGGCAAGUAA